AUGAGCUACAACAAGAAAGAUGAGGAUGCAGACGGAGCGAUAGUUAAAGUCGAUCGUACAUCGGUCUUCCAAGAAGGUCAAUCACAUCGCGCUCGAGUAUUCAAUACGUCGCCCAUAUCACCGCGAAAAUGCCGUAUCCUACUUACCAAAAUAUCACUUCUUCUGUUCACCGGUGAAAAGUUUCCUACCAAUGAGGCCACAUCUCUCUUCUUCGGCAUUUCGAAGUUAUUUCAGAACAAAGAUGCAAGCUUACGGCAGAUGGUCUACCUGGUCAUAAAGGAGUUGGCACAUACAGCUGAAGAUGUUAUCAUGGUCACUAGUAGUAUCAUGAAAGAUACGGCAGUAGGAAGUGACGUCGUUUACAGAGCUAAUGCCAUUAGGGCAUUGUGUCGCGUUAUCGACGCAUCUACAGUACAAGCUAUCGAGCGUUUGAUCAAGACAGCGAUUGUCGACAAGACACCUUCAGUAUCUUCAGCAGCCCUAGUCUCCUCAUACCACCUCCUGCCAGUUGCCCGCGAUGUCGUGCGAAGAUGGCAGAGCGAAACGCAAGAAGCAGCUUCAGCGUCCAAGUCGUCAAGUGGUUUCUCGCUAGGGUUCGGAUCUAGUAACCAGCAUUCCCUUGCUGCAUCUAACACAAAUUUCAUGACACAAUACCACGCCAUUGGCCUGUUAUACCAAAUGCGCUCACACGAUCGUAUGGCGCUUGUCAAGAUGGUCCAACAGUAUAGCACUGCGGGGGUGGUAAAGAGCCCUGCUGCUACGAUGCUGUUGGUGAGGCUAGCAGCCAAAUUGGCAGAAGAAGAUCCUGGCUUGCGAAAACCCAUGAUGCAGCUGCUAGAUGGCUGGCUACGCCAUAAAAGCGAGAUGGUCAACUUCGAGGCAGCCAAGGCCAUCUGCGAUAUGCGCGACGUUACGGACGCGGAAAUUGUGCAAGCUGUUCACGUCCUGCAACUAUUCUUAACAUCACCUCGAGCUGUCACCAAGUUUGCCGCUAUCCGUAUCCUGCAUAACUUCGCUUCGUUCAAACCAGAUGCUGUGCGAUCAUGUAACCCUGAUAUCGAAGCCUUGAUCACGAACAGCAAUCGCUCGAUUGCAACUUUUGCGAUUACAACACUCCUCAAGACCGGCAAUGAAACUAGUGUCGACCGAUUAAUGAAGCAGAUUUCUGGAUUCAUGGCCGAAAUCACGGACGAGUUCAAGGUCACUAUCGUGGAGGCCAUCAGGACACUUUGUCUCAAAUUUCCCAGCAAGCAAGCUGGUAUGCUUGCAUUCCUCAGUGGGAUAUUGAGAGAUGAGGGAGGUUAUGAUUUCAAACGCGCAGUCGUAGAGAGCAUGUUUGACUUGAUCAAAUUUGUACCGGAGAGUAAAGAAGACGCGUUGGCCCAUCUCUGUGAAUUCAUAGAGGACUGCGAGUUCACCAAGCUUGCCGUCCGAAUACUCCACCUACUUGGUAUGGAAGGUCCGAGAACGCCACACCCGACGAAGUACAUACGGUAUAUCUACAAUCGAGUUGUUCUGGAAAACGCGAUCGUCCGUGCUGCCGCCGUCACUGCACUUGCUAAGUUCGGUGUCGGCCAAAAAGAUCCCGAGGUUAAGAGUAGCGUUCAUGUUCUCCUUACUCGCUGUCUUGAUGACACAGAUGACGAGGUUCGUGAUCGUGCUGCUUUAAACCUUCGUCUCAUGGAUCAGAAGGAUGACGCUCUUGCUGAAUCUUUUGUCCGCAAUGACUCCAUGUUCUCUCUACCAACCUUGGAGCAUCAGCUGGUCAUGUAUGUGACUGCGGAGGGCAAGGAUAACUUCGAAAAUCCGUUCGAUCUCUCGAAAGUUCCUGUUGUUACUCGCGAACAAGCAGACGCGGAAGACCGAACGAAGAAGCUCACUACAGCAACACCAACUAUCAAAGCCCCAAGCUCCGGUCCCAAGCCAAUCUCGAAGUCAGGUGCAGAAGGCGCUGCAGCUGCAUCUGCCGCCGCCCAAAAGUAUGCGCAACAACUUCAACAGAUCCCGGAGCUUGCGGCAUAUGGCGGUGUGCUCAAGUCUUCUUUGCCUGUGGAGUUGACCGAGUCAGAGACCGAAUACGUUGUAACGGCGAUCAAGCACAUCUUCAAGGACUACCUUGUACUGCAAUUCGACAUAAGGAACACACUUCCCGAGACCGUCCUUACCGACGUCACCGUCAUCUCGACGCCCUCAGAAGAAGACGGAGACGUUUCUUUGGCCGAGGAAUUUGUUAUUCCGGCUCUCAAACUUGCCACUGAUGAACCCGGAACCGUCUACGUUUCUUUCAAGCGUCUUGAGGGAGAGUCACCAUUUUUAGCAGCUAGCUUUACCAACGUACUCAAGUUUACAAGCAAAGAAAUUGAUCCUACUACGAACGAGCCUGAAGAGACCGGUUACGAUGAUGAAUAUCAGGUGGAGGACUUGGACCUUAGCGGCGCGGACUAUAUUGUACCUGCGUAUGCUGGAAGCUUCGAGAAUAUCUGGGACUCUAUUGGUGUCAGCGAUACUGCGACAGAGACUCUUCAAUUGAGCAACAUCAAGAGCUUAGCCGAUGCUGCCGAACAACUUCCGAAGUCUCUGUCCCUCCAACCGUUGGACGGCACAGAUAUCGCACUCAACACAUCUACACAUACACUCAAACUAUACGGUAAGACGAUCUUGGGCGGUAAGGUUGCAGCAACGGUCAGGAUGGCAUUCUCGGCUAAGACUGGUGUUACCAUGAAGAUCGACGUGCGAGCAGAAGAAGAGGGCGUUGCGGCUUUGGUUGUUGCCAGUGUUGCUUAG